AUCUUCCUUUCAAUUCAUUCAAUCUCUUUUGCCAUUGCCACCACCCAGCUCGUACGAGCUUAUAUUAAAAGUAAGGUGGUCUAAUUUAAUUUGUUAAAAUGGCUACCGGAGCUGCCGGUGAUGGAAUAUUCCGGGGAGUAUUCGAGGGAUCAAUUUCCGGUCACGAUAUGGAAAUUUCGAAGCGGCCGUAUCACCGGAAUUGUAGUUGUGCGCUGCAUAAAUCGAGAGGAAAUUGCUCUCAUUCGUCGCGGGGACUGAAUGUUUCGUAUCCGAUUCGCCGGUCGUGGAGUGAAGGAUGUUUGUCACUGGUUGCGGCGGCAGCAGCGGCGGGUUCCGGCCAUUCAUCGCCGUGUUCUUCACCUGCUGUGGCGGCUGUGGCUGAUAUUGGGAACGGGAAAAGGAAUUUGCUUCCGGUUAAUGAAGAUGGUGAAGAUGAUCUCGUUUUCUUUAAGGUUUAAUUAAUAAAUUUUUUAUUUGUUUUCUUUUUUUAUUUUGAGGGGAAUAAUUGCUGUUUUUUUAUUACUCUAUUGAACAAAAAAAAUGGUUGUUGUUUCUCUGAGAUUUGCUUGUUUAAUGGUGUAUUUGACAGCAUGAAGAAAUGUUAAAAUUUUUGAAGAAAUAGUUUUCAUCUUUAA